UCGUAUAUAAGCGAGGUUGGAACUUGCUCUCACCACAUUACACAGCUUACCUCUUACCGACAAUGAAUAGCAUCAAAGCCGUGAUUGUGUGUUGCCUCGUGGUGGCCGUCUCCGCCGGUGUAGACCGAAGGAGAGGUGGACAAGGAUCCAAUAGAUUCCUUCCUGGAGGGUUGGCUGGCGUCCACGGAGGCGGUGUGUUUGGCGGCGGUUUUCAUGGUGGAAUCCAAGGUGGUAGUGGCAUUAUCGGCGGUGGAAUCUCCAAUGGCCCAAGUGAAUGCAGAUAUUGGUGCAAGACUCCGGAGGGUCAGGCCUACUGCUGUGAGACGGUGCACGAACCAGAGACACCUGUUGGUACCAAGCCACUGGAUUGCCCACAAGUCCGUCCCACAUGCCCACGUUUCCAUGGGCCCCCCACAACCUGUUCCAACGACUACAAGUGUGCUGGCCUCGACAAGUGCUGCUUCGACAGGUGCUUGGGAGAACACGUGUGCAAGCCUCCCUCAUUUUUCAAUAACCAUCUCCCAUUUUAAAUCUUAUUAUGUCUAAUGGAUAAUCAGCAGUUUUUCCUGAUGAUAGCAAAAAUAAUUUAUAAAUACAUAUUUUAAUAAAUCCGUAUUUGUUUA